CACACACAGUCCUUCAGAUCAGCUGUGUGGGUCACCAAAGAUGUACAGGACCUGAGAAAUGAUCCGGUGUGAUUGGAAGCAUUAAUGACAACUGCAUCCCAAUGGAGCCAUUGUUCUUUGCCUGAGUAAAAAACUGGCUGUAUCCCAGUGUCAAGGAGGAUCCUCAAACGGCUAAAUUUGAAGGACACUCGACAUCCGUCGAAGGACUGUCCCAAUGUCCAGGAUGCUCCGGAGGACAGAGUCCUUCUUUUGCCCAAAUUCCGAGGAUGCAUGUGGGUAUCCUCCGUGCGCCCCACGACCCAUAAUGCAUUGCGCACACCAGUCUACUGGGAGAUUUAAAAAUGGCAAGCGAAGAAACAGCGACCCCGGCGGCACGAUAGGAAUUUACAUAUAGAAGUAUUUCCUGUUUACACUAAAUAUUUGUUAUCACAUAACUUACAAAACUUGUGUUCAAAGUCAAGCAAAACAUAUGCAUUAACAAAUGCCAGUAUAUUUAGCUAAAAGAUGAUAAACUAAAUUGAUGCCGUCUCGGUCACUAAAGUUAAUGUUAAUUAAUAUAUAUGCGUCAGAUGAUGAUGUACUAUGUGCAAAGUACACGUAGCAAUGCCAUUCAGAAAGUUAGAAAUUUGUUUAUUGUGUUAACAGGGAUCGACUGUCCGCUAUUAUCCUUUAUUUCUAUUUAUAACUUAUUGUACUGUAAAAUAAAAUAAAAAAAAUCACAGAACACAUCGCCAUGGUGUUGGGUAUGUGCCGCUGCUUUUAUAAAACUAAGUAGCGGCCAAAUUCAGCCAGGAUUUACUUGCUCAAUCGUGGAGAUUCAACCUUUUAAGCAUCUUCUGUGCUGAUGCCAAAGCCACAUCCAUGUCAGCACUGAAUUUAGGCAGAACGUCCAGUUACGUAAUGACGCGCAGCUGCACACUCGGAAGGCUGCUCCAUUUGUGCGUUAUACCAGUGAUAGGAAGGACUCUGGCCGGGUCUCUGGAGGACCCGACUCCGAAGGAAGGAGCCAACCAAUGAAGGAUCCUUGACAUUGGGAUAUAGCAACUGUCUGUUCACAGUGUAGCUCCGUCCAAAAUCAACCUGAGCAGAGCUCUAAUUAGCCAAUAACAGGAAACACCUGUGUGGGUGCACUGCCUUUAAAUGGUGCAGAUUUUUAAACCAAGACAAGCAGGAAUUCUCCUUUUUAAUUCUGUUUUUUUUUACAGCUUCUGUUCUUGAGCACAUGGGGUUAGGAUACUUAUUUCUUUCAGUCGGCAAUAUCAUCAUGUAGCUUCAGGACUCCUAAACUGUCACAAACAAUCUAGUUAUCAUCGGCGACAGAUGCCCCAGGUGAUGGUCAUCUUCUCUUAAUUGUUGCUUUAUUGAAAGUCUCAUAGCGACACUUUAAUCCUCUACGGUACGUUGCUGCCCCAAGGCAACAUACCCAUUUUUGGCCUGUCAAAUUUCUUCAAUGCAUCUUUUUGAGUGAUGCAAUACUAUACAAAUGAGGGAAGAGUAUAGGGAACCAAUAGCAAUGCUUUAGUUUGUCACAUGACCUCUAGGAGGCCAUAUUGAAACCCUAUUUAGCAGACUUUUCCAAAGGAAACAGUUUUGCCAUUUUAUAAAAAAUAUAAUUUCCUUGCCCUUUUCCAUCUGGAAAAAAUAUAUAUUCCCACUGAUAGGUCCGCCCAUCCUGCUGCUUGCCUGUCUGUCAACCAGCGCAGCUAUCUAAAACACCAGCUUAACUUUAUGUUGAGAGCCAUGACUGAAGUCUCAAAUUAGAGCAGACUGCACAGAGCCUUGGGUUGGGCAGUGAAAGUGACUCACUGGAAGGCUGAGGGAGUCAGUGUGUGGGUAUGCAGGGGAGUGGGAGCGCCGUCUCGUGGUGAUCAGCCAGGGCAACUACUUCCAGAGCUGGAUUUAUGGCACGCAGCUGUUGAGUGGCUGACAGACAGACGUGUGAGGGGCUCAAGCUCUGCUGCUGCUCCGGCUGCUCGUACCAGCUCGAGCUCUGUUACUGUUGCAUAGGAAAGAGGACUACUGAGCCUGAACACACAACGCCAGCAGAUGGUGCGGGAGCAGUAUGUCACCACCACCCAGGGCAGUAGCUCGCCCAGGCCGGUGCCUGACCACGUCUACAAGAUCGGCAUCUAUGGCUGGAGGAAGCGCUGCCUCUACCUCUUCGUUCUGCUGCUCAUCAUCAUCCUGGUGGUCAACUUCGCCCUCACCAUCUGGAUCCUCAGGGUGAUGUGGUUCAACACGGAAGGGAUGGGACACCUACAAGUAAACUCAGAUGGAGUCAAGCUGGAGGACGGCGAGUCUGAGUUUCUUUUCCCCGUCUACGCCCAGGAGAUCCACUCCAGAGAAGACUCUUCACUUCUCGUGCACUCAUCGGAAAAUGUUUCCCUUAAUGCCCGCGAUGAAAAUGGUGAUGUCACCGGGAGGAUAUCUGUGGGUCCAAAAGAGGCUCAGGGACAGACUCGAAAUCUGCUCAUUAACUCCCACAAUGACAACAUGCUGUUCACUGCAGAUGGCGACCAGGCUGUGAUUGGACCAGACAAACUACGAGUCACAGGUCCUGAAGGAGCAUUUUUCCAGCAUUCAGUGGAGGUGCCAACACUGAAAUCGGAACUUUUGAAAGAUCUCAGGUUGGAGUCUCCAACUCGCUCUCUCAGUUUGGACGCACCAAAAGGAGUUCAUCUCAAAGCGCUGGCCGGAAACAUUGAAGCCGCCUCGAACAUGGACGUUAUCCUGCAGUCAAGUAAAGGACUGCUGGUGCUGGAUGCGGAGACGGUGCGCAUGCCGAGCCUGCCCCUGAGCGAAGGAGGGGUUUCUGGAAACGCUCAGGGUCUCUUCGAGGUCUGCGUCUGUCCCAGCGGAAAGCUUUUCCUGUCCAAGGCUGGGGUCACCUCCACUUGCAACGAGAAUCAGGACUGCUAGAAAGACUGACAAAGUAAUCGAUUUUCCAUCUCUCAGUAGAUGAAUCUUCUGAGAGGCAACAAGCACAACUGUUUCUAUCUGGCUUGAGUUAUUUUUUUUCUUUUUCUAUCUUUAUACCACAGUGGAUCUGUGAUCUCAGAGCUAAGAUUCCACUGGCACAACGAGGCCUGUAAAAAUACAAAUGCCUGCUGGCGUACAUGUUGGAGAUGUCAUGAAAUGCAUCCUUUUAGCUGCAUUUAUGACCUUCUAACCAUUCAGCUGAAACAAAUUGGCACUCAGUUCCAAAUUUAUCCACUUCAGAGCUUUAUGGAGUUUUUUUUUUUUUUACACACACAGUAUCAUGGCUGGGCAAUGAGGAGCUGGUAACGGCUUACAUCCUAUGCAAUAUUAUCUUGUGGUGCAAUACAUGAAUUGACACAUAUCAAGGGCUUGGACUAAUAAAAAUAUAAAAAUCCCCUGAAACAGACAGAAUGUUUUUGAACAUAUUUAUUUUGGUUAACAUAUGGCUUUCUUUUUGGCUCCAAGCCCUUGGUAUGUUGUUUUUUUGUCUUGGUGUUUAGCAUGUUCUUAUUUAAUUAGGUGAAAAUUAGAGAAAUGCUCUUUCAUAUUUUGUCGUUGUUCACAGAUGGAUUUUAUUUUAUACAACACUAGGCAACAUAUUUGUUUCUUGUUUUGUUUGUUACUUUAUAGGGUUGGGAUUUAAGUACCAUAAAGUAUUACUAGUGUGGCAUCAUGUGUGUAAUAGUUUUUUAGAUUGUUUGAUCUGUUAUUUUUAAGCAUGCAUUGCUGCAUCAGCUAUACAAGACAGAUUUUUCUUACAAGUAAGCUGCUCUGUGUUUGUUCAGUAACGUCAGACAGCCGAGGGUCUAUGACUGACAGAACAUUACCUUUGACCACCGCAACAUGGAAGCAAAUAUUCUUUAAAUUUUGCUCUUGCCUUCGUCAAAUAUGUCUAUAUUUUAGUAUUUUUACACAAUAUGCAUGACAGUUUCUAAACAUUUGCGUCUGUAAGACUCUUAGUUCACUAUGUCAAAAAGGGCAAUAUUUUGUAAUGAUGGUUACAUUGCAUCAAUUUAUCUCAAACUGUUUUUUAGCACAAGUAAUAUCUCCCGGCGUUGUGUUAUCAUUAUCAGUAUUGAUAAGUAGAUAAUUGGCCAUUUUCACAUAUGUUCUGGCAUAUUUUGAUAAAGUGUGUAAUGUGUAUUUAUUAUUUUUUUGUAUGUUGAAUAAACUUUGUGCUAUUCUUCUA